CCAACACGUCUCUUCCCCAAAACUCAGUCUGGUUUUUCUCCUUCUUCUCGGCUUCUCGAACCGCUAGCUUCCAAGUGCACGCCCACGCCGAUGUGCGCGCCUCCUUCCACACGGCUUCACGCCUUCCACGUUGUCCUAUUACCACCGCCUCGCACGCCCCGUCGCCGUGGCCUACGAAGAAGUCAGCCAUGGCCGGCGCGGUGGAAACUCCCAGUGGGUCGGACACUUCACAUCAAUUCCACCACAACGCGAGGUGGCGCGACCUCGGCUCACUGCAGGACGACGGCCUGAGUUUUCUGGCGGCAACGUCCGCCAUCGGCAACGAAGAAGACCUACAUGGCCGGCGUGGCGAGAGCUCCCGGUUGAACUCCACUGCCGGGAGAAGAACCCAGGCGAUGCCUCAUUUUCCCCUUUCUUUCUGUGUAAUAUUUUGCUUCUUCCAUGGCCUCUCGAUCUGUAUUGAUACAGUGAUUGUACUACAAUCAUGUUUCUCUCCAAUUUCGUUUUCAUUGAUUCUGUUUUCCUGAGAUUGUUUUUAGGCCCGUCUCAGCUGCUGAACAGAAUUUGCAGUGCUGCAAGUUCCAUGCCAACCGGUAGACAAGGCGGUGUCCGCAGAGACAACUAACUCCAUGAGCUGUAAUGUGUCUUCUCCACUCCCCUUAAUGUUUUCUUUUGAUUUCAGAGCACUCCAUUGAUUCUUUCCGUAAGAUUUGUAGGGACACUUUUUUUCCAUAUGUGCAUGCUACAUGUUCGACGAAAUGACUACUAGCAAUAGGGUGGGUAAGAAAAAUAGAACAACACCCAUUUGAUAUCUCAACUCUAUUAUGGUCGCCCUCAAUGCAUUCCUUCCAUGAUGUGUUGGUUCUGUAUCCACGAAUGAUCAUCAGACCAUGUUGCCAUAUUAGACCAAUUUCAUUGUGAAGGUUUUUCCUACCAUACUUACAGUUCACUGCAAUUUGUUGAACAUAAGGGAAUGCGUCAAAUAGACUAUCAGGUGAUGCCUAAAGUUAUAACAGAUAAUGAAAUUGUCAAUGUAUUGUAGGUUUUUUGAUUAUUUAUCCAUAUGCAUGUACUGUUUUUAUCUGGUUUACAGGAAUUUAUGCUCUUACCAGUUACCACCAAUUGUAGCCCUACAAAUCAAACAAGUGGAAGUUUAAGAAAUAGUGUCUAUCUUCUAUCUCGGAAUCCACUCACUAAAAUCGAGCUUAUAGGAUUCAAUUUGCUUUGCAUAACCAACUAGAUAUACAUGCUUUUAUUUGUCUGCCGUUCUGCGAGUAAAAGAAAGAAAAAUCCAUUCACAGUCUUGCCCCUUUCUCAUGAUUUCAUUUAACUAUUUCCUUUUGCAGCUCGGGUUAUUUUAUUCUAGAUUUUACUUACAAGUUACAAUCCUGUCAUAUGUAUAAGAAAAUCUACAUCGCAAUCGUAAGUUUCAAUCUGUCUCCCGCAAAAAAAAAAAGGCAAAAGUCUCCCGCAAAAAAAAUGGUAAGUUUCUAUCUACAUGCAUUGAUGGUAUGGUCCAUUCUUUGUGGCUGUUUCAUUUGCAACUUUCCAUUUAGUUAACACUAAAUCUGCCAUUGGUGCAUUGUUCUCUUACCACGGCCAGUUGAUAACAAAUAUCGCUGUGCCUAUUUGGCUUACAGUCAGAGUGGUGCCUAUUUUGUUUCAGAUUGUAGAAGCCCUACGUCUUCAUUUUUUCCAGUUUGCAUUUAUAUUUCUGUUAGCUCCCAUGUCCCAAAAAAACUCCUGAUGCUAGGUAGCAUUGUGUUAUAUCUAGCCAAACAACCACCAAAGAUGCAUAUUUGCACGCUAGAAGGUAUUAUUCUGCCUUCUUUGUUUCUUAAUAUGCUACUUUAUUCAGUACAGAUUUUAAUCAGAUAGAAAGUAGAGGCCAGCGACAUGCCUGUAGAUGCUGAUCAAGAAUCAAAUUGGUGGUAUUUUUGGUGGCAUCGAUGAGCUGUUUGCACUAAGGAAUGAAGAGGUUCAGAGGUAUGCUAAUACUUUGCCAAGUCGACAGGGAACAGGCUUGAGGAUGAGUUUCAGCCACUUCUUCUCUACGAGAAACAUAUAUCCCGGAUGAGAAAAUCACAAGAAACAACGUUUUUCGGAGCAUCCAGGUCAGUACAUUUAGAACGCGAGAUGCUAGCUUGAUUUUCAUUGAUUAUGACUAACUAAUUUCAUUGCUUCUUUGUUGUUUGUCACAAAGGGGCUUCAAGAGGCCACGAACUAUUUUGGAUGGAGUGCUGAGCUACUAGAUCACCAUUUAAUUUCCCCGUUUCAUCUUAUUUUCGGAGGUCUCUCUAUUGUGUCAGUAUGUUAGCAUUUUAUUGUUAGAUGUGUUUUAAUCGUCCACAAGUUUUUGACCAGUUCAUUUCGAAAUCAAUAAGUUAAGUGGUAAGAGAAUCUUGGUUCAUCCCCCUGGUUCAGUCCUACUGUGUGCUUUACAAAUAAAUUGCAUUGUCUCGAAUUUGUGCUAGCUGAACUUUUUCGUUUAAUUGAUUAUUUUUCUGUACAAUUGGUGGUGAUGCUUCUGGUUUUUGUAGUCUAGAUGAACAAAGAAGAGCUAACAUCUUUCGUAACAGUAAUGGAUAUGCUGCUUUAUUUUGAAAUAGAACUACUGUUGCUAAACCAACACAUAGUUCUUUCGUUGUGCUAUUGAAUGAACUUCAUUUUUAAUUAUCUGAUGUUGAGGUCUGUCUUGGUUGGGAUUGACUAGCCCGCCACCCUGCAGGAAAUUUCGACGGGACUGUGUUCUCGACGAGGGCGGUUUUGAGUAUCAAAUUAAGGGGCGGCGAUGACUGAAUUGAUGGUGAUACUCCUUCCUCCUCUGUCCUUCAGAGCUAUCUUCCACCUUCUGCUGCUUUGUCUGAGGCAGAUGUUCGGAGGAGGCAUUAGAUUUGGUUGGGGAAGUGGACGGUGGCUCAUUCGUCCGAUGCAAUGUGUUCAUGCUAGAUUCAGUGGUGUUCGUGGUUCUCCUGUAGCUGAUCUUUUACCUGAGAUGCUUGCCGGGCUGGCUACUGGUUCUGCGGUUUCUUUGCUGCAGCUUUGCGAAGGGAAUUCUGUUGGCCAUUCUCGUGGAGUGAUGCUGCCUCUGCACCCUCCCUGCAGGGUCGCGGUUCUUGAUCUCCUGUGCCUUCAGUGGGUGGUGAUUUGGGUGGGUCAUCUUCGCCUUCUGCAUAUGUUUCUGAGUCUGUUGAAGACCAUCUUAAGGCCGUCCACGCCAUUUCCUGUUUUUAUAUUGCUUCUUACUGUUUCGAUUAGUGAUGAUCCAACGUCUGUGUGUAAUUUGUUUUAUCUAUAACUCUUCGGUGUUCACUUAUUCACCAGGCUUCCAAGGAGAAGCUUUAGUACAAUGAGCGUACUGGAACUAGAAUAAUGAGUAGUAUAAUGGUCUUGAGCAGUUCCUACCUUAGCUUAUUUUUAAGAUCAAUGUUGGGUUAGAGCCCUUCCAAUUUACAACCACACAAACAAUCAAAGAUGCACUUCAGGGUACUACUAUGAGGUGCUUCCAACAGGAGAUACAACUACAGACCAUGAGCCUGUAAAUAAUUUUCAGAUUAUGCUGGGUAAAUUAUAUACAACCUGUGCUUCAAAUUGAUUAUGAGAAUGAAUGCAGUUCACCUUUUGCAUUCUUUUCAGGAGGUAUAGUCUUACAUACGUCAAGGCCUGAUUAAGUUAUGUGGCCACCACCAUGUAAUGUAUUGUAUAUACUAAUGCUAAUGAUAUAACUGCAUCGAUGUUGCCUAUCA